CCGAAAGGGAUUCCAUUUAUGUGCUUUCUUUCAUUUAAAUAAAUAUUUCAUUUCAUCAGUCUUGUUUAUUUAUUUUGUGUUCGUAAGUUUAAGCUAAGGCGGAAUUCAUCCUCUAAAGUCGUGCUUAGUGCUUUCUUGUUUCGCACCUUUUUUAAAGAAAUACUAUUUGGCUAAUACUAAGGACAUCCUUAACUUUCAUUUAUAGAAACGACGGCAACUCCAAACUAACAUGGCAGUCAGACUGUGCGAUGUGGCUUCUCUGCUUAGAAGUGGUUCGUGGGCAGCAGAGCCUUGGACUGGGCAGGUAAUUGCUGCCAUGGAAACACAGCUGUCCAAUGGACCCACUUGUAACAACACAACCAACGGUCCCGCCACAAUCUCAAACAACUGCUCCUCUCCUGUAGAAUCGGGAAGCAUAGAGGACAGUAAAACUAACUUGAUAGUCAACUAUCUGCCUCAGAAUAUGACCCAGGAGGAGCUGAAGAGUUUGUUUGGGAGCAUUGGUGAAAUCGAAUCCUGUAAAUUAGUAAGAGACAAAAUAACAGGCCAGAGCCUAGGGUAUGGAUUUGUGAACUACGUGGAUCCGAAAGAUGCAGAAAAAGCCAUCAAUACAUUAAAUGGCCUGAGACUUCAGACCAAAACCAUUAAGGUUUCCUAUGCUCGUCCGAGCUCCGCUUCCAUUAGAGAUGCAAAUUUGUACGUCAGUGGACUGCCAAAAACCAUGACUCAGAAAGAACUGGAGCAGCUCUUUUCUCAGUAUGGACGCAUCAUUACCUCUCGCAUUCUGGUGGACCAGGUGACCGGCGUCUCUAGGGGAGUCGGGUUCAUCCGAUUUGACCGAAGAAUUGAAGCAGAAGAAGCCAUCAAGGGUCUUAAUGGCCAGAAGCCUCCAGGAGCAACAGAGCCUAUCACAGUGAAGUUUGCCAACAACCCCAGUCAGAAGACGAGCCAGGCCCUGCUGUCACAGCUAUACCAGUCUCCCAAUCGAAGGUACCCAGGACCCCUCGCACAGCAGGCACAGCGUUUCAGGUUGGAUAAUCUCCUAAACAUGGCUUAUGGAGUAAAGAGCAGGUUUUCUCCUAUGGCCAUUGACGGCGUCACCAGUUUGGCCGGCAUCAACAUCCCCGGGCACGCGGGGACCGGCUGGUGCAUCUUCGUGUACAACCUGGCCCCGGACGCCGACGAGAGCAUCCUGUGGCAGAUGUUCGGCCCGUUCGGCGCCGUCACCAACGUCAAGGUCAUCCGCGACUUCAACACAAACAAGUGCAAAGGGUUCGGAUUUGUCACCAUGACAAACUAUGACGAGGCAGCCGUGGCUAUCGCUAGCCUGAAUGGAUAUCGCCUUGGGGACAGAGUUUUGCAAGUCUCAUUCAAAACCAACAAAACGCACAAAGCCUAAUGUCUCUUCAGAUUGUUUAUACAGAAUUCUACUAAAAAAACACGUAAACUUUAUACAUUAGUAAAGCAGUCUUUGUAAAUCAGUGUUAUGAAGGGAAACAAGAAUUAAUA